AUGUCCAGCCUUUCGGACAGCGCGACCGCCGACGAAGUUCGCACCUACAUUAUCCAAGCCCUCGUCACUAAACACGAUGUAACGGUGGAAUUUGCCACAAAACAAGCCGCUAACUGGGACAUCGGUUGCGGCUCAGAACUCCGAGCAGCAACCCUCGAUCACCUUAAUGUCGGGCUGUGCCUGCAUCGCGCGAUCAGGGAAGAUGAGGUCACCCCGAGCCCCGAGGCACAGACGCCAUUGACCCAAAUCAGCAAGUACGCUGCUAUCGCUGCAUUCAUGGGGAUAGUCACUAUUCUUGCCUGCCUUUUCCUUCCCGAUCUGGGGCUACAGUCUGCUCGCGAUCGCAUCAUCUGGGCCUCGUACUCCGUCCCAUGGCUUAUCUUCGCGGCGUGUGCGACCAAUUAUGCGCACCAGCGACCGGUGCAGGAUUCCAUCGCGACGCUGAGUUGGUAUAUUGCGGGGGCGAUGGGGGUGAUGAUGGUGAUUGAGAUUGCCGCAAAGAAUGCAACGCAGGGGGCAUUAUAAGCUUUGGGUAACGUUUGAUAUGCAGAGAGUUUAUGUGUCGAUGCGAGAGCGUGUGGCGAGGACUAUUGGUGGGCAC